AUGUCUCCACAUAUUGAUUCUCAUAUUCUAUCUAAUUCUACAUGGAAAGACGAUGAUAUUUUCACUUGGGAACAAGUGUGUUAUUAUGUUACAAAAUAUGGAACGAUAGAAAACUAUUUACUAACGACUAAACUCAAAUUUCCACCAUCAUCCUCUGAAUCAUCUGAAUCACCAUCUGUCAUCAUUUUACCCAAUGAUUUUCCUUAUUCUGUAGAAAAGGGAAUUGAUCAUAUUUUAGUAUGGUCUCAGGUACCAUUGAAACCUGAUUACGUGGAACAUGUCUUACAAAACAAUUAUGAUCAAACUAAAUGGGAAUGGGUGUACUUUGUCAAUCCGCCUGAAAUUCAAUCUGUCAAGAAAUUACCACAUGUCCACGUCUUUUUACGUCGUCGUCCUUUUGUGCAUUGAUAUAUACCAUACUUUUAAUAGAAUUUCAUCCUUUUUAGAUCCCCCUCCUUUGUCUUCUUUUAUUUUAUUUUAUUUUUUA